AUGAAGUUCAACGCUCUCUCUUCCCUACUUGUUCUCGUCGGUGUGGUCGUUGCCCACGACGAUCAUGAGCACGACGCGCAGAUGCCCCUUGACUAUGUCAAGUACCCUUACCAAGCCACCUAUCCCGGCGACAACGAUGUCACCGCUGACUCUAUCUUCUCUGGCAUUACUACCUUCGCCAGGCUGCCGUGGGUGCAGUGUCUUGGCAAGGACCGCCAAAGUACCUUCGACGUUGCCUUCCUCGGAGCGCCCUUCGAUACCGGCACCUCUUACCGCCCCGGUGCUCGCUUCGGCCCUGCCGGUAUCCGCGCGGGCUCUCGUCGUCUGACCCUCUACGGCGGCUACAACGUGCCCCUCGAGGUCAACCCAUUCCUCUCCGGCCUCAAGAUUGUCGAUUGCGGUGAUAUCCCCGUGACCCCUUACGACAACAAGUACGCCAUCAAGCAGAUUGAGGACGGUCACAAGGAGCUUCUUCACCGCCAGACAUUCUCUCCCCUCGGCAACGACACACUCACCGGCAAGCCUCUCGUCCCUCUUGCUACUGACGGCAAGCACCACCCGCGCAUCAUCACGCUUGGUGGCGACCACACCAUCGUUCUUCCGCUCCUGCGGUCUAUCUAUAGCGCGUACGGCCAGAUCUCCGUCAUCCACUUCGACAGCCACCUCGACACCUGGAAGCCCUCCGUCUUCGGUGGUGCACCCUCCGACCAGGCCGCUAUCAACCACGGCACGUACUUCUACUGGGCGAGCCAGGAGGGCCUGAUCAAGAACGGGUCGUCAAUUGCAAGUCACGGCGCCAUCCGUACGACGCUCUCUGGGCCUGCUGACUAUGUCAACGAUGACGAGUCAGGCUUCCAGCGCAUCGAGGCCCGCGAGAUAGACACGAUCGGUACCGACGGCAUCAUCAAGAAGAUCCGCGAGACCGUGGGCGACAUGCCCGUCUACCUCUCCAUCGAUAUUGAUUCGAUCGACCCCGCGUUUGCCCCGGCGACCGGCACCCCCGAGACCGGGGGCUGGUCUACGCGCGAGCUGCGCACGAUCCUCCGUGGCCUCGAUGGCCUCCACAUCGUCUCGGCUGACAUUGUUGAGGUCGCGCCCGCGUACGACACCAACGCCGAGCUCACGACCAUGGCCGCCGCGGACGUGUUGUUCGAAGUCCUUAGUGUCAUGGCGAAGACUCCCUUAGGUAAGAUUGCGGCGUAG